AUACUCAACGGUAAAAAGGACAAUAAAUUAAACGACGUUAUUAAACUGCAUUGGUUUUUAAAAAAAAUAAAAUAUUUAUAAUAAUUAUGAAAUAAACUUGUUUCUUUAACCCGUGUUAAAAUUAGGCACGAGUUGAAAGUUGAAUAGUUGCCCCCGAGCGUGUAUCGGUGUUCGCUCGAUGUUCGCUGCUGUUUGCGGCCGGCGGCAGGUAGCAGGGCAGCGCGGCGCGUGAGCUCGGAGCAGCGAGCACCAUCGCGUUGCGCAACCCAUGAGAACCAUCGAAAGUGCCCCCUCCCGGGGACGUACCGAGUGCCAUCUUAUAAACACUGGAGCCACCCGACCAAUGGACACUGCAUCUCGACCCAGCACCAGCAUGUGUAGCAAAACGGUAUUCAGAUCGUUGGCCGUCGCGGCGGUUCUCGCCUGCGUUGCCCCCACUCAACCUGCCAAACCAGAAGUUUACUUCAUCAGAUACAAGACACAGAAACAAGAGGGUUACCCAGCGGCGAAGCCUCCAGCACAACAGUAUGGUCCUCCGGCCUCCGCCCCAUCAUCGAGCUACGGCGCGCCAUCCGGCGACAGUUCAUACUGAAAAGGAAAUCCACAAACUCUCGCAUAUUCGCCCUCAGAUGAAGCUUUUCUACCAAAAAACAUAGUUGAUUUGUAUGAUAGUCAUAAAUAAUUUUAUAUAAUAAUUAUGUUAGUUAUUGUAGCGCUUAUUAUGAAUUGGAAUGUUAACUCUGUGGACUUUAUUGAAGAGGGCGAUUGUAUAGAGGGUGUAGUGAGUGGCAUACUGGCAGACCGCCAAACCCCGAGUUUAUUUUUAUCUUUCAUCAAAUUGAUGAGAUUGUAAAUAUAUUUUUAUAUCAUUAAAUG